UCCUUCUCCUCUUCCUUCUCCUCCCCCUCCUCCUCCUUCCCCUUUCCGGCCCUAGCAUUUUUUGACCCGCGGCGCUGCGACCGCGACCCGUCAUCGGAGGCCCUCGGCGUUUCCCUGGAGCGUUUCAGCGACGGGUCUCGGCGCGAUGCGGGGCGGCGUGUUGCUUUUCCUGGCCGCUGCCGCGGCGUCGGCUGAGCCUGGCGCGGCCCCCGGCGAGACGGGCGGGGCCACGUCUCUGUGGCUAGACAGCCUGUGCGGCCCCAGGGACUCCUCGGCGCGGAGGGGUGCGGGGGGUGCUCUGCCGCACUGCCCGGGGCGUGGCCUCGGAGAUCGAGGUGGCGGAGGGGGACUGGACGACCUUCCCCGCGCUGUGGGCUUCGCUGCUGAAGCCGCUCUUAGCGUUGGUCCUCUCGCUCAGCAUACAUCGGCGCAUGGCUGAGUCGCCGCUCGGGCUGAACGGCGUCGAGAGCGCGGAAAUCCCGCCGCCGGUCGGGUUUGCACAGCCGGUGCAGCUCGCGCUCGCGGUGUUCCUGGGCCUCCUGCCAGGAGCCGGGCCAGCGUGGGCCGCGGCGCAGGUUCCCCUGCUGUUCGCCGCGCUGGGCUACGCGGCGUGCAGCAGCAGGGCGCCCGUCGUCGAGCUGUUUCCCCCGCUGCUGGCGUGCUACGCCGUGGCCCUCGCGGCCUGGCUGGCCCUGGAGGACGAUGGGGUCGCCCAGCUCCCCCCGAAGCUCAUGCCGCUGCAGUUCUUGAGCUCGACGCCCCCGGAAGGCGCGAGCCUGGCUGCGGCCAGCUUCGCGUGCUGCGCCGUGUGCUUGGCCCUGACGCCCACGCUGAGGUCCAUCACGCGCGGCUCGGGGGCGAGCGCGGUCUUGUACUUGUGGGUGUGGUGCGUGGUCGGGGGCGCGGCGGUCGACUGGAUGUCCUCUCUGCCAAAAGUCGUGGGGGGCCAGGCGAUGCUGUCGCUGCCGGUGCGGCUGCAGAUCCCGGCGUUCGCUUGCGGCACGAUGGCCGCCUACUGGCGCAGGCCCUCGCGGCUGGAGCAGGCCUGCGGCCUCGCGGCGGCGCUGUGCCUCGCCGCCCUGCCGCUGGCGCUGCCGCUGCCCGCGGAGGUGCUGCAGAGCAUGUACCACGGCUCGGCGCUGCCCCUGCAGCUCGCCAUCGUCUGGGCGGUGGUGCCGCUGCUGAGCUUUGGCGGGGAAGAGGUGCUCCGCGCUGGCGAUCGCGAGGGGCCCGGGUGCGGCAGGCUGCAGCUCUCCUUCUCGGGCCUCCUGGUGGCCCCCCUGGCCGCAUGCGCCCCGCCUGGCCUCGCGGGCUCCGCCGCCUGCCUGGGGGCCUGCGCCGUGGCCCACGCCGCGGAGCUCGCGGCGCGCCUGGGGGCGGAGAGGUGCGGCGCGGUCCGCAGGCCAGGGGCGGAAGAGGGCGAGGGGCUGCUGGACCGUCAGCCGGCGGGAGGCAAGGCCUUCUUGGGCGCCUGGGUCGGAGAGGACACGCGGCCGGCCACCGUGGCCAUCCGAAUUCAUCCUGCUCCUGUGCCUCCUGGCGUUCAACACGGUCACGUCCUUCGAGGCGGCGCGCGAGGGCGUGAAGGACACGGCGCGCCAGUGCGUCUUCGACGGCUCCGUGACCGGGAGUGCGGCCGUGCAGGCCCUGGGCACGCUGACGUUCCUGGUCGCCGCGGUGCCGCUGACCCUGAACGUCUACGGGCAGCUGCGGUGGCCGGCCACGCUCCGGCGGCCUGCCUCGCCGGCGAGCGACUUGAUGGAGGAGAUGCGGGAGCUUGGCGAGUCGCCCGUGCUGAUCUUCCGCUUCUGCACGCGGGGGAACAACCCGUCGCUCGUGAGGCUGAACGUGAGGCUCGCGCACGAGGCGCUCAUCGACAGCGGCCUCAGCGAGGGCUGCUGGCGCCUCGAGGUCGUCACCGAUGCCGCGAUGGGGCUCGGGAGCGCCCUGCCUGGAGUUCCCGUCCAAGAGACGGUGGUGCCCGCGGAGUACCGGUGCCCCCGCGGCGGGAAGUUCAAGGCCCGUGCGAUGCAUUGGGCCGUGCUGCACUCCAAGCUGCGCCCGCGCCCCAGCGACUGGAUCGUGCACCUGGACGAGGAGACGCGCUUCGACGGGCACGCAGUGUGUGCGAUAUCCAGCUGCACUGCCUCGACGAGAACGUGCGCGUGAAGGAGCACGGGAAGCGCGGCGAAGUCGUGUUCCCAGAUUGCGGCCAGGGCGUCAUCCUCUACAACACCAACGGCGUCCCCCUUGAGGCACACCUCACGGCGAUGGCCGACGUGGCACGCGUGGCCGACGACCUGGGGAAGUUCCGGCUCUGCUCCGAGAGCCUCCAGUUUCCAGCGAUCGGCAUGCACGGCUCGUUUGCGAUCAUCAACCAGGCGGUGGAGACGGCCAUCGGGUUCGACCACGGCGAGGCGGCCUCCAUCACGGAGGACAGCUACUUUGCUUGCGUUGCCAACGCGGAGCUUCGGGUCGGCAUCCGGUGGAUAGACGCGUUCAUGUUCGAGCAGUCUCCGUUCGGUCCCCUGGAUCUGAUCCACCAGCGUGCCCGCUGGUUCCACGGCAUGUCGUAUUGUACAUUCUUCUUUGAUAACAAUUUGCCAAUCAGAACAAACUUCAUCAUCACGUGUUUCAUGAUGUGUUGGUCUUGUCAGUUCCUUAUCAUGUCGGUAAGGGUGGUGUAUCAACUGGGGUGUGGCGACCAAGGGGUGCUGGGGCUCCUUGUUCGUGACUUUGUAGCGGAAGUGUUCUGCGUUAACUACCUACUAGGUUUUUUGAUAUGUUUUUCCCCGUACCGCGAGGGGGUAGGGCGGUGGCUUUGCUUGUUGUUUAUGAACGUCUCGAUGCUGCUCCCCAUUAGCCUGAUCGAGCUCACUGGAGUGCUGCGCGGCAUGUACCUGGUUGCCACCAACGCGAACGAGUUCUACAUCGUGCAGAAGGAGUCGGCUCGUCAGAGCGGGCCCAGCGAUGAGCUUGAAGACGAUUUGGAAUCCACUACGGCGUCGGAUCAUAGCUUGCAAAGUGUAAACGACAUCAAGAUCAUCCAGUAAUUGUUUACCCUCUAGAGUCCGUGGCAGACUUGCGAGUGCCUGGCUUGAGACAGAUAGAACGAGAAAUAACACAAAUACAGAGAAAGCCGUGCACGUCAGAGGUAGAUUGUUGCUCGCUGCUCGCGGGUCCUUGACACAAGUUAUGCAAAGGUGUUGGCUCACCUGAUGACUGGCAUGCGAAGUGGUAGGCACACCCCAGUACCAUACUUUUCUCGCACUGGCUGCGACCCAGCUCCCUGGCGUGAAAACGUUGCGCCCUGCAAGUCAAUGUCAAGUUUCGUUAAUGUUUCGUUGGCAUCCUCUGAUGGCUCUCUCCGUUCCCUAAUUCGGAUUAGGCAAUGCAACCUACCUCCUAAUACUCAUUUCGCAAUUCAACAUAUUCAUUGCACAAUGUUGCAACAUUGCACGAGUUUCUCCUCGCAGCUCAGCGCUUGAGUCUUGCAGGGUCCGAGCCCCUAGAGCAGUUGCUACCCUGCCUGCGCGGGGAGGUCGGUCUGGGCGGCAAGACAUCGCAGACCCAGUUUUUCUUGUGACGAGCACACUCAGAAUGACCUUGCAGGGCUCCCUGAGAGAAAGCAUACAUUUGCCCA